AUGCCCGAAACACGCGUCCAUACCGACUUCGCUGCCUCAAUCUGCCACAGGGUUACUGGUGCGGCCGAGCCUCUCAUCGAGGAUUUCCGAUCCAGGGGCACCCCCGAUAUCGAGCUGAAGGGCAAGUCGAAAUCGCGAUCCAAGAAGGUUCCUGACAUUGCGUGGGGUCGUUUCCCCCUCGAGACGAACCCUCCUAAUGUCGCCGAGGUUGCCUACUCCCACCCCAGCGGACCCCAGGACCCCAAAAUCCUGAAGGUCUGCCAGGGAUAUCUGGAGGGCACGCGCGGUCGUCGCAGAAUCCGGGCUGUCCUCGGCUUCAAGAUCUACUACCCUACUAACCCAACCAGCAAUUUCGAGGCCAUCCUGGAACAUCUCAACGACGCCGAUGCGAGCUUGUCGCUCUACUUCUCCGACAUGGUCAGGGAUACGUCGGACGUUCCUCACGGACAGGUUCGCCAGUGUUUCGACUCCCAUAAACACUCCCACGACGAUUUCGCAAACAUCCACAUUCCAGUCAGCGAGCUUCGAGACAUGCUUAGAGUCGCCAUCGCCACCGCCAUCCAGGACCGCGAUAUCCCUCACGACGGUGAUAAGUCGGAGGAGGAGGCAGAGAUGGCAGACGGAGAUAUUGAUGGCGUGCGAACGCGACAGUCAGAAGUUUGCUGGGGAACACGCAAGAGGGCGUGUCUUGGUGGAAUGGGGCAACAUCGGCAGACGGGGUGGAACGGACGAAUCGGGCAAGAUGGCGGAUCACAUGUAUUAAGAGAUCUCGGCCCGAACAAAACACAGGUUAUCCGUGAAGGAAAUUUGCGGUCUGGUGUGUAUCUUGCCGGGUCUGGCAUGUCUCACAGGCUGGCCUCCCAAGAGGUUAUUGAAAGGCAUGUCAGGCUGUAA